AUGGCGGCCACCAGCUCCGACUACGAGCUCCUCACAGAACACUUUAGCUAUCCCCCAGUGUCCCUCCUCGACGACAUCAUCAACACCGUCAACGUCCUCGCCGACCGCGCCCUCGAUUCCGUCGAACGCCUCCUCCUCUCCAUCCCGCCCCACAAACUUGGCUUCGCCAAGAAACCAAAACAAGCAUCAUCAGAGCAGAACCCAAAGCUCUCCCCCGAAGAGGCCGCCAAGCUCGAGAUUGAAAAUGGCACCCACCAGCUCGAAACCCUCCUCAACGCAUCUAUCGACAAGAACUUUGACAUUUUCGAGUUAUACGUCAUGCAGAACAUCUUGACUGUCCGGCCGCAGGACCAGCCGUACAUGCGACUGUCACAUUAUGCCGGGUUGGAGUUUCCUGCGGCGGAGGAGGAUGAUGGUGAUGCAAACGAUAAGCCGACUACUGAAUCCAUCACCGCGCUACGGAGAAGAUUACAAGCAAGCCAGAAAUUAAACGCCGUGCUGGAAUCGGAAAAAGCGCACAACGAAGCCCUUCUGCGACGUCUAAGAUCGCUUCUCGGCGUGGACACGGAUGCGACCAAGACUGAAGAGGAUCAACAAAAUGCAAUGGAUCAGGACGGUGCGGCGGCGGCAACAACGAAGCCGUUUUCCUUCUUGCGCGAUAGAGGCGGGCUUGAAGAGAGCGGCGGCGAGCAGCCCAUUACGACGACGACCGAAUUUACGCUUUCGCAGCUGCAGUCGCUGCGGGCGCUGUCGGGGUCGCUGAGAAAAUUGUUGCCGGAAUUGACUGUACCGGGAGAUGAUAGUACUGCUGCUGCUUCCUCCGAGACAGGAAAAGAGCCGGUGACGCCAACGUCAUGGAGGAGAGAACGCGCAGAGUACAUUGAAUCUUCGUCGCGAAAGUAUCUCGAGACGGUGGUGGGAUUGGAGCUUGGUCCGAGAGGAGAAGUGCGAGAUGGGGAGUGGCAAGGGGAGGGGAGAGGGUUGAAUAAAGGGGAGGUGGAAGGGCUGGAGAAGGUGGCGGCGUUGCUGGAGACUGGGGAUCAAAUGGAUACGACGUGA